AUGACCGACUCUACCACCACCGCUACCGCUACCGCUAUCGACGACGCCAGCCACAUCGAGAAACUCUACGAGUUCGGCGAGCGACUUAAUGAGUCCAAAGACAAGUCUCAGAAUGUGAAGGAUUACCAGGGGAUUAUGGAUGCAGCUAAAACUAGCAUAAAAGCGAAGCAGUUGGCGGCACAGCUAAUCCCGAGGUUCUUCAAGUUCUUCCCCGAGCUUUCCAGUCAAGCUGUCGAGACGCAAAUCGAUUUAAUUGAACAAGAAGAGCUCGCGGUUCGGGUGCAAGCUAUUAGGGGACUGCCGCUAUUCUGCAAGGAUACACCCGAGUUUUUGUCAAAAAUUGUGGAUAUUCUUGUGCAACUCCUCGCAGCUGAGGAAAUUGUGGAGCGGGAUGCUGUGCAUAAAGCCCUUAUGUCCCUCUUGAGGCAGGAUGUGAAAGCAUCUUUGUCUGCCUUAUUUAAGCAUAUUGGGACUGUUGAAGAACCAAGCACGGAUGAGCUUAUUCGUGAGAAAGUUCUGAGCUUUGUAAGAGAAAAGGUUUUCCCACUUAAAGGUGAACUCCUGAGACCUCAGGAGGAAAUGGAGCGUCAUAUAACUGAUUUGAUUAAAAAGAGCUCAGAAGAUGUAACUGGAGCAGAGUUCAGAAUGUUUAUGGACUUCUUAAAAAGUUUGAGCAUAUUUGGAGACAAAGCUCCGUCUGAACGCAUGAAAGAGCUAGUUGGAAUAAUUGAAGGACAGGCUGAUUUAGACUCGGCAUUUGAUGUGACUCAUGUUUCGGAUACUGAUCAUAUUGACAGAUUGAUAUCAUGCCUUUAUAUGGCGCUUCCAUUUUUCCUGUUGCCUGAGGAGCGCAAGCUUGAUUUGCUCAAAGCACUUGCAGAAAUCUCACCUUUUACAUUGCCACCGGAUUCACGUCAGAUUCUUCCUUCUGUUGUUCAGCUUUUGAAGAAAUACAUGCCGCGAAGGAAGAGCGGAGAAGAGAUGAACUUUACUUUCGUUGAGUGUUUGUUGUAUGCGUUUCACCACUUAGCUCAUAAGGCUCCAAACGCUACAAACAGCCUGUGUGGUUACAAGAUUGUGACUGGCCAGCCAUCAGAUCGGCUUGGGGAGGACUUCUCUGAGUUCUACACAGACUUGACAGAGAGGCUGAGUAGUGUAGAAGAUCUAACCAGGGCUACCAUGAAAAAGUUAACUCAGGGAAUGGCUGAACACAACAAAGCAAUGGCAGCUGCAAAGACCAAUGAAGCAAAGGAUAGCAUAAAAACACAAAAGCAGAAUACUACAACUGGGUUGCGUACUUGCAAUAACAUUUUGGCAAUGACAAAGCUGUUGCAUUCGAAGACACCUUCAUUUAUUGGAGAUAAGAGUGUCAACCUCUCUUGGAAAGAAGUAGCAAAACCUUCCGUGCCUUCCACUACUGUCCAGGCUGGAGGGAAACGACCAGCUGCUGCUGCUAAUGGUUCUGGGAACAUGGCAAAAAAAGGUCAGGGGGCUGGUGGUCUGCAAAAUCAACUUGUUAACAGGGCAUUGGAAGGUAUAUCUUAUGGUGGAAGGGGUGGUCCUAGGGGCAGAGGCAGGGGCAGGGGGUGGGGUGGACGUGGCAGGGGAAGAGGAAGAGGCUUUUGGCGACAUUUGAGAGUUGGAGCAACAUCUUCCCUUUCAUCAACCAAGUCAAGAGCGAAGCGUUCAAAGAUGUGGUCGAGGCAGCCACCUCUUGCCUAUGCCUAA